AUGAAAGCGGUGAUCACUGGAGGAUCACGGGGCUUAGGGCUCGGAGUGGCUCAAGCAUUUGCGAAGCGAAACAUUCCCGUCACGCUAGUGUCUCGCUCCCAAUCCAAUCUCGAUGCCGCGAUCGCUAGCCUUCCUGGAUUGGGUCACGCCACCGUGGCUGCAGACCUUUCCAAGGGCGACGUCAGUAUUGACUGGACCGGGGUUACCUAUUUGGUGAACUGUGCUGGCAUUGCCCCCGCCCUGCUUAUGGUGCUGAUGGCUGAUAAAGACAUCGAACGAACUAUAGCUACCAAUUUGACCAGCCCGUUAAAGCUACUGAAGCAGGCAAUAAAGCCAUUGAUGGCUAAUGGUAAGCGGGAAAAUAUAAGCCCUGCCAUCGUUAACGUUCUGUCAAAGCUCGCGAUACCUGAUCAUUGCGUACAGUCCGGCCUGACCGUGUAUUCUGCUACUAAGGGGGCUCUUGCGGUGUUCUCGCAGUCUUUGGCGCAUGAACUCAACGGUAAAGUUAGAGUCAAUUGCGUUCUUCCCGGCCUUAUGGACACCGACAUGGGUAGACUGGCGGGUAUAGAUGCCCCCAUGGUACCGGUGCAAGACGUGAGUGAAAGAAUUGUUGAACUUGCAGUAGGCGACGAAAACGGCGUCUGUGAACUCAUCGACGUCGAAGCAGAAAACUAA